AGUGGAGGCUAUCAAGUCACCGAGUUUGCCGUAAGGAAAGAACAGAGCCUUGGAAAACAGUGCAGUGCAAAAUGGGCGUCGAUAUAAUCGAACUUUUCAGUAGACCUGCAAAGGAUCCUGUUAUGGCUAGCUCUUUUCCAAUGAUGAACUCGGGAUGGACUGUGACAGUUAUUCUGGUCGUCUAUUUAGCAUUUGUGCUAAAACUGGGUAGAAUCUUUAUGCAGAACCGCAAUCCAUACAAUAUCAAGAACGUAAUGCUGGUCUAUAACGUGCUGCAGGUGAUCUACAAUGUCAUACUGUUUCUUUAUGGACUCGAUAUGAUACUCAUCAAUCCAGUAUACAAUAUACGGUGUAUAGAAGUGCUGCCCCUGGAUCACCCCUUCAAGCCAACUGAGCGGACUUUGGCAUAUUUGUACUUCUUGAACAAAGUAAUCGAUCUGUUGGACACAGUGUUCUUUGUGCUGCGCAAGAGCUACAAACAGAUCACGUUUCUGCAUGUGUAUCAUCAUGUGCUGAUGGUUUCCAGCACGUACUGGAUAUUACGUAUAUAUGGUGGCUCUGGCCAGUUCCAUGUGAUGGGCACAUUGAAUACCUUUGUGCAUUCCGUUAUGUAUUCCUAUUACUUCAUUUCCGCCUUGAGUCCGGGCCUCAAGAGCAGUCUUUGGUGGAAGAGAUACAUUACCGAAAUUCAGCUAAUCCAAUUUGUGAUAAUACUUGCUCAAUCAUUGAUCGUGCUCAUAUUCAAUCCGAGCUGCCAGUUUCCCAUCUUUUUGCAGUAUGUGCAACUCACUCAGGCAACGGUCAUGAUCAUUUUGUUUGGCAAAUUUUACAUCAAUUCAUACAUCAAGCCAAAAUCGAAAAAAUCUCAAUAG